AUUCUUACUUCCUGUUCCGGUGUGUAAGGGAAAAUAUUGAAACUAAAUGAAACCAAAAGAAUUCCAUUUUUUACCGUAAAAUUGUUGAAUUUCUACUUGUUUUGGAACCGGAAUUGUGUUUUUCAAUUCGUUACACACCAAAUUUACGGGCACAUUUUGAAAGAGCCGACAGGUCCGUGUGGUGGCAGUCGUUACAAGUCGCACUCGCGAGAGGUCACCGAUUGAUUGAAGUGAUCGCGAUGUAAAGGAUUGUGGACUGAUCAUGCCGUUGUACCAUCGAGUCUGGCUAAUACUCGAGGUUUUUGUGACGGGUUCGUAUUUGACAUGUGGACAAUUUAAUGAAGAUGUAAAGAUCACCACAGCAUGUGUGGGGCGCUGUGACUUUGGCUACAGAAUGGACUGCCCACGAGGGCAGAGAGUGGCCCCACGAGACUUGACAUACUACGCCAAGCAGACAACAGCCCAAUGCCCAGCCAACCCUGUCCCAGAACGGAAUUGCCAGUCCAGUGAGGCCUGUUGUAGUCACUACGGUGGUGACUGCAGUCUGUCGUUCACCUAUCAGAAGGCGUUUGAAGUGUUUAGCAACUGUUCAGGAUACCAGAAGUGUGGAUGGUUUAGGGCAGAGUCUGUGAAGACAGGUCCAAGUUGCAGCUACCGAGACAUGACAAACUACGUGGCGGCUUCCUACAGCUGCAUUAAAGAGGAAACGUUUAUUGAUAUCUGCUCUGAGGCCUCACGACAGGGAAAAUCUGUGUCACUUUUGUACAAUGGCUCACGGUAUGCCAAUGCCACUGGCUCCCCCCGUGUCUGUUCCUGUGCCAUUUCGACCUCGGACUGCGAUUCCCCAGGCAGACUUAAAUUCCAAGCUGUUGACAUUAGACUUCACUCUUACAAUAACAUCAGUCUCUGUAACUAUCGGAGUCGUAUGACCCUGACUGACACAGAGUACUCACAGGAGGUGAGAUGCCAGAGGAACUACUUUCAGAAGGGUUUAUUUGACCUGUUCUACAGCACCUCCCCGUAUGCCAGAGUGUCGCUGUACAAUCAGCCAGGUGUUCACCCCUCCCAGGUCUGGCUCUCAGUCACAGCGACUGUGCCAAAUAUCGACGUGAUAGUAACUUGUGGAAGCAAUCAGCCAGAGAACCUUCUGUUUUGUGGGCCACCAUCGCUACUGACUACACCAGCGUACGAAGACAAAGCCACAACAAAAACUCCGGGGGAUAUAUUUGGUCCAUCUGAGGGUGGAGGAGAUGAAAUGCUCUCUGGUGACGGAAAUGAGCCUCGAGAUAAAGAGGACACAACCCUUAGUAAGAAGGGUUUUGCAUGGCCUGAAGUGGGUGUCAUCGUUGGUGCUGUAGCCGGUCUGCUGGUUGUCAUUCUCAUCAUAGUCAUCAUCUUCAUCUGUAUCAAACAGAGGAGAGGAAGGUUUCGUAAGAAGCCCCAGAUGUUGCCACACCCAGUCCCACUGUCCACGCCCAGUUCUGUCAUUCCAUCCUCCUUCCCAUCAUCGGACACCGAAGAUCGAUACACAGAGGAGCAUUUUGGAGAUGAUAAAUAUGGGAAUUAUUAUGAAAGCAUGGCUCAGCCAAAUGGCAGUAUGGACAACAAGUCUCCAUUCACACCAGGGAAAGCCAUGGGGUCAUUUUUCCCUAAUGAUCGGCCUAAGGUGCCACCCCCAGCCCCUCCCCCUAUCCCUGCCACCCCGCCAGUCAGGAAGUCUCCAGAGAAGACACUGGAUGCUAAUCCCUAUCAUUCUCCUUGGGAUGCCUCUGUUUUCCAGGCUCCCACCAGCCGCGUAAAGAAGAAUGAUUUAGCAUAUGCCACGAGCGAUGAGAUCCAGGUGCUGAUCCAGAGGAUGGAAAAUGAGAGAGGUAGUGUGGCAGAGGGCGUGACCCUACCUAAACCAAUCCCACAGAAGGGCUAUAUUUACAUUGACAAUUAUCAGAAAGAUGGAGAUAUCCCAAAGGCUGCAAACACAGACUUGUAUGUGUAUCAAAGUGACUCUGAUGAUUCUGAAUCAGGGAAUGACAUCGGACAGAUGAAUGGGGAACAAGGAGACGAGGCUUCAAAUCGGCCAUCGCAGGGAGAACCAGGAACCAGCGAAGGGCCGGGAACCAGCGAGGGGACACCCAGAUCUAAUGACAAUUUCUGUGGUAGUGAGGACACUGGUUAUCGUUCAGUAGGUAGCCCAGAGCAUGUACUGGUUUCUGAGGAUGAUUAUCUUGUGCCAGGUUCUGUGAAGUCCAACUCCAGCAAGGGAACCUCGUCCUCCACUGUGAAAAUGAGCGAGAGAGGAAGUGUCAUUUACAAUUCAUCGUACGGAGACCCAUGUGAUGCGAGAAGGAGCGAGGCAGGGAGUAAUUCGUACGGCGAGCCGUAUGAUGCAGUGCAGGAUAAGGAAACUGUUGACGUUAAAACAAAAUUCUGACACUCAGUAAUAGUGUAGGAAAAAAGUAUGUCUGCAUUUGGCUGGCAGCUUGCCUGAAAAUCACAGCUUAUGUCUGUGAGAUAUUUAGAUAAAGAGCUGUUUAACUCUUGUAUGUGAUUGUCAAAUGUGACUUAUAGGACCUGUUAAUGUUUUAUAUUCAUAAAAGUGUAAUGUGAUAUACAAUUUAUACAGAUGGUUGUUUAAUAAGUUGAAAAGGAUGGUAUUGCAUAAUGUAACAGUUGUGGGUUGUAUUUUUAUUUUACGUACACUAACAUUAUUUAAACCUGUGAGUUGCCAGUACUUCUGGAGUGUCCCGGCCUUGUCUCAGUGUUGUGAUCUGUUGUCGUUAGUCCCUCAGUAACAGUGGUGCCAUAUCGUUUCUGGUGCUGACUGGGGUGCCACCUUGCUGCCCUGCAUCACUAUGCGGUGCUGUUAAUGUUAGAGAUUGUUUCUAUGGAAGCUUGGGGAAGGACUCUGUAUAUAAGUUGUAGGAUUCUUACUAGUCAUACUGGAAUAACAAGGUAAGAGGAACAUGGCUAAAAGUGAAAGUGAAAAUAGAACGACCACCACUUGUCCUUAUAGGGAAGCUUAGUUUCAUGUGCCUCUCUACCAUUGUAUCUGGAGCUACACUGAAAGUCAAUCAGGAGUAUGUAAUGAAGCAUGGUCACUGGUCAGCAAAUCUUUAUACAAGUUUUAGAUAGGUAAAGCCUUAAUUCUUUCGUCUUAAAGUGACAGAGGUUUUUAAAGUUUUUCUACCAAAGAGGACAUUGCGAUAUGUAUAUAUAAAACAGCAGUAUAGGAUUUUGCCGAUUGUGCAUUUUCUAAUAGCUGUGGAUUUACUGAAGUAUUUAUCGUCUGUAAUAAAAUGCUGUGUUCAUUUAUUCUUUUUGCAGAUGAUAUUUUAGUAUGUUUGUGAUGUUAUGUGUGUUGGAGGUUAGAUGUCAGUAUUAACCUGAUUUAACUAUUAUGUUGAAACAGAAACAUGCGAUACAUUUUAUAUUUAUAAAUUACAAUAUUGCAUUUUCAUAUUAUUUUUUGUUUAAGUAUCAGAUUUAUUAGUUUGAUUCAUUUCCAUGGUUGUGAAGUUUGUGAAUGUUGUUUCCUCAGUAGGUUUUGCUUUUGGAGACACAUUUUUUAAAAUAAUUUUUGACAGGUAGAUUUCUUGCAUACCAAUAGUGCAAGUGCCUCCUACAGACAAGGAAAUAUUUAGUGGAGUGGACUGUUGUGUAUUGUUUAGGUACAUAGGUAGACCUGGUAGAUGAGAUUAUCUCGUGAUUAUACUCUACCGAAGAACAUUCCACUCCUCGCUUCAUGAAAGGAAUUUUGUACUAGAUGGUGUUUUUGACCACAAUAUUGAUCGGCUGGUUGUGAUUUUUUAAAGUUCGACAUUAAUCAGUACAAUUCAAAGAAUAGGUUGUCAUUUUUCAAUAUUUUUAUUUAUUUUUGUUUUGUUUGCUCAUCUCUAUAUUUGAUUUGUUUUGUUUCUCUCGAAUGUUAGUUAUGUUGAAUUGUUUUAUUUAUUAUUUUUUUUCAUUCACACAGCUAUCAUAACAUUCCAAACCCUUUUCUCUCUCCUACCCACAGAAUUCAGACUCGAGAAGGUAUUUCAGUUACAAGAGUUGUCCCCCUGGUGCUUGUUAUGUGAUACUUUCAUAUUGUAGCAAUGAUUGCUAAAUUGCCGUACAUAUUUCUGUGACUCUGAUGUUUGACUGGAUUUGUAUCAGAACUCUUUAAGUUAGACUCAAGGUGUUCUUUGCUCAAGGUGGGUAAAGCAUGCAUAAUGUUGAACAUUAAUUAAGAUGUGAAAUAUGAAGUAUAGAACAAGGAGUUCACCUAAUCACUUCAUUCAAACUUUUAUAUUGAAUCAUUUAUGAACUUGAUGAAUUGAAAAUUACUUACUGUGUUGAAUUUUUCUGUCAUUUCAAUUAUGUACUGUAAAUUGUCUAAAUUAUGAAUUUGUACCAUUUUUAUUUACCCGAGUUAUAUAAAUCUAUUUUCUGGGUCUUUUCUUGAAUAAAAUAUUUAUUGACUGUUGUUAACAAAGAAUACCAUUAUAUACAAGUAUACAUGUAUUGAAAUUUUUAAAAAUGUUACAUGUAUAUUCCAAGAAAUUAAUAUUUGUAUAUAUAUAAAUCUCAAUAACUUUGAAUGUUAUGGUAUAAAUUGUAUAUUAGGUAUACUUCUUCCUUGUAUGAAUUAAUUGUUGUUUUAACUUCAGUGAUAUUUUUGGUAUGAGUCGGCCUGACUUUGGACAGGUCAUGUUUCCCUAUACUUUCUGUUGUGGGUGUCAAGUAAAUGCAUUGUUGCCAAAGUAUUUAUUUUUGUCUUGUAAUCCAGAAAUGCUGUUCAUUCCAGACUCUUGUGCAAAAAACUGUUUGUAACAUUCCAUAGCGCUGUACAUUUUUUAUGAAUCAGAAUUUCCUUACCAUUAUCGCGUGUACACUUAAUUUCUUUGGACCUCUGGAGUUUGUUUGGGGUGACUACCAAUACCAAUCAUUUCAUCAUCUGUGUCAUUUUUUUUUUUAAAAAGGUAUGAAAUAGAGUAUAAUGUAAUUUUAUUUAAGUCUUUGUUCCACAAUAGACGGGGUGAGAAGGACUCAAAAACGUAGUAUUUUACUAAUUAGUGAGCAUAUAGUCUACUGGAAAUAUGAUGUAACGAGUCAUGACACAUCGUCACAUGUUCAUUAACUAUUGCUACUUAUCAAUAAAUUGUGCUCCAAUGCCUUAAAUUUGA